AUGAAGGCACUAGACAGGAGUGUCGAAACGUUGGGUCUAUGAAUUGUAACUUUUUCGGUUACAUUCAUUAAAUCUGCAAACCAGAGUAGCAUCAAACUAUGUCCAGUUGGAACAAAUAGGCUAGAUUGUGCAGUUUGUGCAGUAGAUUCUAUUAAGCCAGUUAUGCAUUUUGUCCAGUUGAAGCACUUAAGGUAGUCAGACCAUUUUAGAUAGAUUGUGCAAUUUUUGAAGUUAAACUAUCCUCGCCAGUUUGACUAUGUAACCAGUUGAAUCAUUUGAGGUGACUUAAGCAGUUUCCGCAGUUGAACUGAUUCAGCUAGUUAUGAAUUUUGGCUGGUUAAACCAUUUCAGCUAGUUACGCAUUUUGUCAUUUUCGCUAGUUUGACCAUUUUUUUGAACCACUUCAGCCAAUUAAGAUACAUUGUGCAAUUUGUGCAGUUCACCUCGAAUGUCAGACAAUUCGCCCCGACAAUUAGCCCCCAAUUUCAAUACAAUUCACCCCAAUGUGAAAACACCCAAAUUAUUGUAGAAAAUAUAGCUUUUGUCACAAGGCAAUCAUUUCUUGAAAGAAAAAAGAAAACUCGACUACUCGAGUCAACCGAAACCAAAAUAAUUUACUGAUCGUCAAUCGCGUGAGCGUAAGAUGCUGAUACGUGUUCAGUUCUUCGGUUUUAGACGCGCGAGAACGCGUUCGCCCUUAUUAUACUUAUAAAUUCGACCGUAGAUAGCUUUGUUUCAUGUACGAUGGGCACGAAUGAUUCGGUUGACUGACUCGGUGUUUUCACAUUGGGGGUGAAUUGUCUAAAAAUUGGGGGCGAAUUGUUUGAGGGGCGAAUUGUCUAAAAAUUGGGGGCGAAUUGUUUGAGGGGCGAAUUGUUCGAGGGGCGAAUUAUUCCGAUACCGUUUACCUCUUUCUGCUGGUUUGACUAUUUUAACUAGUUAUACCGAUUAAGCAAGAUCGUGCAUUUGGUGCAGUUGAACCAUUUAAGCUAGUUAGGCAUUUCCUCCGGUUGAACCAUUUGAGCUAGUUUGACCAUUUGAACUGAGGAGGGCAUUGGGGCCCAUUAGAAACCUUAAAACCGUAGAAAAAAUCAUCCAAAACCGAAAAAAAACUCGAUCAAAACCGAAAACGGCAUGCAAAACUGUCAAAAUCGAUACACUUUCACAUCCCAGUUAUUAAAACCCUGAUCGUUUCGAUACAGUGAUGACAAGUGUAGCGUACAGAGUAAACUACACUAAUUUCAUGACAGGAUCCAUGAAUACCAUGCACUUGGCAUUCGUAUCUUCUAGUAUCUGCUUAAAUUAACAGCUACGCUCUCGAGGACCUCGAGCGUGGUUUCUGCGGACUCAGCAGCUGGUAAUGGAGCCUAAUUAAAUUAAGGAAAUUCGCACAAAAGCCCUCCAUAGGAUUGCAAUUUUGCAGUCGCAAAAAGCUAUAGCUCUGGAAAGUUUCAUCAAAAAUCCCUGAUCUAACAUUUCCAUUCGCGAACUAAGACCUGAAAGUUUGGAGAUUCCACUGGAAUGUUGAAUCAAUCAGUCACGUAUGGCCUGUAACUUGGUCAUCAACUUCGAGGUGGCGUUGAUAAAGAAACUUUGGAAAUGAUCCGUGCUUAGCCAUGCCCUACGUGCAGGCGCGUAGCCGUACCCUCCCUUCUUUUCCCCCCCUCAGGGGAGGGGAGGGUACAACUACACGUAGGCUACCUAGGGAUCCCUGCGAUAUUUCAAUUGGUUUGUCACUCAUUCCUCUCGAUAAAAUUUGCGUUUAGCGGCUAUUCGAGAUUAGUGGAGGCGCGUAGUUGCCGCUCAGAUCGAAGAGAAACCGGAACCCAAAUAGGUCUAAUUGGAAAAACCGAAAACUGCAUCGGAUAUCAAAGCCGAAAACCAGUUAGUAUUUUUGCGAAAACCGAAAACCAAAUGCUAAAAAAAAUCCGGAAAAUCCGCAAACCACCAAACCGAAAAAACCACCAAACCGAAAAACGAAGUUUUUGGCACAAAAAAAACCGAAAAACCGAUCUAAAACGUAGCCAAAACUGCAAAACCGAAAAUCCUAAAUCCCCCCUUUGAACUACUUUAGCCAAUUAAGAUAGAAUGUGAAAUUUGUGCAAUUUAACUGUUUUCGUUAGUUUGACUAUUUUAGGUAUUUGAAUCUAGAUUGUGCAGCUUGUGCAGUUGAACCAUUUAAGCUAAUUGUACAUUUUUUCAAGUUAAACCAUUUAGCUAGUUUGACCAUUUGAACUACUUUAAACAACUACGAUAUAUUUUUCAAUUGUUUUCAGUUUAACGGUCUUCGCUAGUUUGAUUGUUUAACCAGUUGAGCCAAUUGCGCUGAACUGUAAACUAUUUUUAUUACAUGAACAACGAUUCACUGAAAUCAAAUGCAUAAAUCCGCUGAAUAAAGCAAAAUAACCGAGUCACAAAGGAUAAGAAAGCUAAACAAAAACGAUGGAAUAGUACAAGUUAUUUGUGUCUUGUCCCGCUACAAAAAAUGAAAUCUUGUUCGGCAAUCUUAGCAGAAACUAAAACUUAAACUCAAAACAGACCAUGUGCUCUCGAAAACUUGAUAUCUUACCGUGACUGCAAAAUAACCAGCGGUACACUGAAAUAUCUACUUGACUGUCCGCAUUCGAAUCAGGUCGCAGAAAUGACAUAACUACUUUCUAGGCAGAACCAAUUCUGCUGGAUCGUGCAGUUUGUGCAAGUUAUGCAGUUGAACAAUUUAAGCUAGUUUGAUCAUUUGUGACUUCAACCAAUUAGUUAUUCAACCAGUUAAGUUAGUUUGGUUAUUUUAACUACUUUAACCAAUUAUGGUAGAUUGUGGAGUUUGUGAGGUUGAACCUUAUAAGAUGCUUGUGCAUUUUUUUCAGUUUAACCAUUUAAGCUGGUUUGAGCAUUUUAACUAUUUCAACCAGUUAAGCUGGAUUGUGCAAUUUGUCAGUUUAACUGUUUUCGCUAGUUUGACUAUUUAACCAGGUAAACCAAUUGAGCUAGUUUAACUAUUUUAACUACCUGAACCAAUUCAGCUAGAUUGUGCAGUUUGUGCAGUUGAACAAUUGAAGCUAGUUUGAUCACUUGAACUACCUUAACUAAGUAAGAUAGGUUGUGCAAUUUGUACAGUUCAACUGUUUCGCUAGUUCGACUAUUUAGUUGAACCAAUGAACCAUUUCGGAGGCUUGUUGCGUGGAUGUGAUUAAAUUUGGCUGCUUACCUGCUGUAAACUGUCCAGCUUUAUAGACUUUGAGUUUUCUACCUGUUGAGAUUUACCUGCGUCCCUAUACAGUCAUUUAAAGAUAGGGUGAACUUGUCAAUUGCGUGGAGUUUUGUGCCAAUUAAAUGACUGUAAGGUUAGUUGUAUUGCUUCUUAGAGCUGGUGGGUACGUACGGUGAAUCAAACGUUCUCACAGGUUGUGCCCAAAGAGUUCAUGCCAUGAUGCAUCUGUUCUUCACAGUUACUAUCCAGUGCACAAUCAUUUGCAAAAUUUAGAUCACGGAUGGUGGUAAGACUGACCUCAAGUGUUUCCUUAAGUCGUCUACGAUUGUGAAGCAUGUGAUCAGUUCUAUAACGAGUUUCUACGCCUGUAUCACCUUGUGAGAAUGCACCUGGGAGCAUUGUAGAGAGCAUCAUUGAGAAGAAGGUUGGGCGAGAACACACACGUGUUUCAAGCCAUUGUUGACCGGGAAAUAUUUCCACACCUCACUAUUUUACAAGUUCCAUCAUUUCAUUAAGAAACUUUCCAAUCAUGGUGAUGAUAAUAGAGGUGCAUCUAGCUUUGAGAUGACUUUCUAUAGAUCAUCACGACUGACCGUGUCUAACGCCUUGGUCAGGUCAACAAAGGUGGUACAAAGGUCCUAGUGUUACUCCUGGAUUUUCUCAUAAAGUGACGAGCUGUAAAUAUCACAUGUACUGUUCCGCUGCUGCUUGUUCGAAACCUGCACGGACUCUCGGGCAGGAGACCUUGUUGCAAAUGUUUGAUGAGUCGAUUAGGCAUGACUCUAGCAAGGAAUUUGCCUAAAACUGACGGCAGUAACGGUGUUCCCUUGUGGUUGUCGUAGGACUGCCUGUUUCCUCGCUCUUACAAUUGGACAAUGAUAGCCUUAUUGAAGUCUUGAGGUAGAACAUCUUUGCUCCAAAAGGAUGAGAACAUUUCACACAGAUUUUGGGUGACUAUUUUAUUUCUUGCCUUUCAUAUUUACGCAGGAAUGGCGUCUGCGCCUGGAGCCAGGUGUCUUGCAUUUUUCUGAGAUGCUCUUGAGUUUACUAUUGCAGGCAAUAAAGACUUUCAUUUCGAUACUGAUGUUGCGCUGACUUGAUAGGCAAGAAAGUGCUUACGUUUCUGCUCUAAGAGUUCGUUUAUUUCCACACGUUGUCAUCAGACCAAUCCUGAUUUUCCUAAGAGACCGAGCCUAGCUGUUGCAGUGAUGCAGUAUAGAAAAAUCCACUCCUCUUUAAGACUUAUUUCACGGAAAUGGAGAUCAGGAAGCUUAUCCAUGAGGUCACUGAUGACUUAAGUUCAUUCAUUUUCCCGAAUAAAAGAUUCCAGUUCACAUGGAGGAAUAUUAAUUUCAUAAUCAUCUCAACUAUAUCUCUGUGGCUUAACGGAUGAUUCCUUUUUGGUAUUUUAAUCUUCUGUAGUGUCACAGUAAGAACUGCAAUAACUUAGGUGGCUUCGCCUCCUAUAGGAGAUGCGAAUUUUUCACACCUUGUGCGAAUGUUUUAAAGGUGUUUCUGAGAAAUUGCACCACAAUAUCUCACAUUUUAUGCAAAAUUUUGUGAUUAUUUUGAAAAACAUUGCUGAGAUGGUCGGGAUUUUUGAAGAAAAAGAUUUUUUAGAUUUUUAGAGUUAAAAGAGAUUUAUAGACAUUUUUUUGAAGAAUUUCUUGAUAGAUUUUGGGAAUUAUGUAUCUUGGCCUAUUUUGAGAUAUCAAUAAAGUUGUGUUCAAUAUAUGACAUGAUUUCAAUUUGAGAGUUCUCUUACUUAAUCUUGCGCACCGUGACUUAUAGAUGAGAACUAGAUCCUUGUAACAAGGAUUCCCAUCCUUCCCAUCCUUUCCUUCCUCCCCGCGAGCCAGUGAUGAUAAACAUUUUUUUUCGAGCUUUCUCUAACUAAUUAUUUAGCGGUCCUAGAUUUUAUUUGAAUGUAAGAGCUCUUGCUGUUAGGUAUCUAAGUGAAUACUCUGUGAGGUUUAUUGAAAGCAAUACUGAGAACUCCUGGAAAGGGUAUUUUAUCUAACAGGUACAUGGCGUGAUAAUCUCACCAAUCAAGCAAUUGCAGACAGACGAAUGAUAGAACCAAUAUGACAGAAUCCAAUCACUGAACUACUGCAUGAUGCCACAGAUGUUGGAAUUUUUCAGAUCGCUCAAAUAGAUGAAACCGUAGCAUUAAUUUGCACUUAGCUCGAUCAUUAACCAUUUACACCCUUAGGUUGGUACUCAUAUUCUCCACACUGAUCUCUCUACAUUUCCUGUGGUAAGGACAAGGAGAAUUUGUUUAACAAUCAUGAGCUUUUCAAAUUGGUUAUUAUUUUCAUUUUUCUCAUUACCUAUACAUUCAAUUCAAGGUUGAUACUGAAAUGAGAAAUUAGAAGGCAGUCACCCUUUAGAGUUAAUGGGUUAAUAACUCAGAAUUGGACGUGAAUGAAAUCGCUCUUUUAAAAAAAGAAAGAAGGGAAAAGAAAGCGUUUUUUAUGACGGAAUACAGGAAAAAAAACUGCUGCAAACAAAUGGAGAUUUAAUCAUUAUGAUUACCCCUAGCUUAGUGCAUGGUGAGCCAACAUGGAUAUUCAAUUUGUCCUUGAUGUUUAAGCUAGCCUUGUGUUAUGUAUAUUUGCUCUUGCACCUCAAAGGCACAAAAAAAGCAUCGAUGAGAUUUAGCGAGCUGCUUGUGAUGAAACCACAAAAUAAAAUGAUAGUUUUAAGCAAUUAUUCGGACGUAUAGGUAAUAAAUUGCUAAACAAUGUUGAGAUAAGCGCAUACUCCAUUGACUCUGCAUGCACACUUUACUAUCCACACCAGGUCUACAUGUUGAGGUCCUUACGAUUCAGAGCCCACGUAUGCGUCCUAGAGUUUCAAAAAGUCUGAUUACAGAUUACUUGAGACUCGGAGGGUAACGGAAAGGCUCUGGAUGUGCUAUAAGAGCCCUGACCCUGCCAUCGCUGAGCAUUUUUAAGGUCGAUUAUUGUCGAACGCGGAUGAAAUUUUUGGGGUAUAUUUGUUGUGUUUAACAAUUGGUGCCGCUUUACUAAUAGCCUUUUGUAACAGGGACGUUAAAGAGCCCUGUGACCUGCAUCAGUUCUCCUUUUUUUUCUUUUUUUCUUUUUUUCUUCCUUUUUUCUCAAACACUUUUUUGGAGCAAAACGGACAUAUCGUUAAAGAUUCCAAACAUGAUAGGAAAAUUAAAGAGAAAAUGUUCCCAAUAAGGCAAGUGCGAACGGUACCCUAAAACAAAGCACCACCCUAAUGGUUACCUCGGCUGAAAACAGCCUACCAUUCUCAAAUAAUGUUGCGCGCGUUGAUUCUGUUAUUUUUUAACAUAGAGAGCAAAUUACUAAAGGUUGAUUGGUUCAGAUACAGGGAAUUUUCCCUUUAUUUUGGUAAUUGCCCUAGGGAAAAUAACCCAAAUUUGAAAUAUCUUCUGUUCUGAUUGGCACCUGAGCAGGCAAGAUGGGCGCGGGACUGCCCGCUGUGAUUCCGCGCAAAAACAGCUGGCCUCCUUUCCCGUCUCUCGAAAUAAACAAGUCUUGAUUCGUAAUAAAGCGGCGAUGUUUUUGCUCUAUAAUAAAUCCGAUAUUGACCAAGCUUUUUCGGUCGAGGUGGCUGGAUAUUAGUGUCGUUCUCUUUUUCCGUUUUUAUGGAAAUAAAACACAAAAAGAACUGACCCAAUAUCUAGCCAUCUUGACCUCACGCUUGGUCAAUGACGCUAUAUGAAAAAUUGCGUUACUUCCGAUUCUUUCCAAAUUUGGAGUAUAAGAUGUUGAAAAUUAAAGCCAAUUUGGUAGUUAAAUAUGCACUACACAACUAAUAUUUCAAGUUCAAUCGGCGUCGAUGUGAGUCGAUCUUAUUUUAUCCCCGUUGAUGAUGAUUUAGAGGUUAAAUUUAUCAUUGGAAACUCCGUAGAUGGAAUAGACAGUGGUGAAGGACGCAGACUUGAUCGGGGGGUGGAAAUUGAGAUCGAGAAAUCGAGAGCCAUCGAACAUAUAGUUUUGAAAAGCAUAGUCGUUCACCUCCAGUAGCCUAUUUCGCAUUCGCGUGCAGUUCCUGAGUUUUUAUCAAAAAUUUGUAACAAGUAUCUGAGACCAAAGAGCCCCAUAAUUUACGCCAAUGGAUGUGACUCAACUAUGCGAUUCAAACCAUGUGACGCGUAAUACGAUUGGUUGUUUUGUUGCCAUAGAGAAAUGCAUAUUUUGAUUGUAAGCGAUUACUAGUUAGUUUGUACGUGUGUUUUGUUUUAGUCAACUUCAAUUUAGGAGCGGAACAAACCAUUGUCACAUUGGUAUUCUUAGCAAAGGAGAAGAUGCUAUAAUUGAGGAGGUGAGUGAAACGUUUUCAUCGGGUAUAAAUUCAGAAUAACAAGUACAAUCUUUUAAUGCUUAUCCUCAAAAAUAACUCAGAAUUUUUAAGCCCUGUUCAAACGGUCACGAUAGUUCAUGAUAGUUGAAAUAAUCAUUUGCCGUUAUGUUUGCGUUCAAACAUCUCAUGAUAGUUAACAAUUGUUCACCAAAGUGGAGGUAAAUAUCAGGUAAUUUACUGUCAACAACUGAGUUGAAAACGUAAAUUGGCCACCGUAAAGAGUUAAAAAGCUGACGUUUCGAGCGUUAUCCCAUCGUCAGGGCGAUUGACGAAGGACUAACGCUCGAAACGUCAGUUUUUUUUACUCUUUACGGUGGCCAAUUAUGUUUUCAACUCAGUUGUUAUCUCUAAAUUACCUGCUAUACCCUCCCACCGACGCAGCACCACAGUAUCUUUAGAAACUUACCCUCUGUAUUCAUGGGGGUAAAUAUCCAUCAUUUUCAUCGACACUGAGGUGAUUAAUUUGUUUCAGUAUAUAUAGUAUAUCACACAAGAACCAUAAACUUAGUUUAUUUCUUUUAAUAUACCGAAUAAUGGUGGGAAUUCAAUUCUUGUUGUUCAAUUUUUUCUCAUCAUCUGUUCGGAGGUGAAUGGUACUUGCCAUUCAAUUCUGAACUAGCCAAUCAGCACAUGAAAAAAAAAUCCAUUCACUGAAUGUGUGUUAUAUACUAAUUGAUUAUAGCUGUUGAAAUCAUACAAUGGGAUUUUACUGCCGGCUGAUACCUAGUAUCUUAGUGUGUGAAAUUGUAAGCAAAAUAUCAGCCAAGAAGAGUGCUUAUCACCACAAAUGAAGCAGGAAGGAGUGGAUAUGAAGUCAAGAAGUUACAAGCAGAAGACAGAAGCCUUUAACCCUUUAACUCCCAGAUCAAAUUUGUCAUUCUCCUCACUGUCAACCAUACAAUUCUUAUAAUGUUAGUUCAGAUAAUUUAGUAUUGGAUCAACAAAUUAUCCCCUAAUUUAUAUUUUUCGCUAUUCUCAUGACUUAUCUGGUUGAUAUUGCAUUGAUAUUGUAAGGAGAAAUUCUGUCUUGGUCACUCAUGGGAGUUAAAGGGUUAAGGAGAUGUUGAAAAUGAACUUUCAGACAACCUAUAAAAUUUUGACAACUAUUUUACCCCUCUUAUGAUUUUCCAUUUCAGUUUGAGCCUAUUUUUGGCAAAACCACAGACUGAAAAACUAGUUGAUUAUAGUUUUAGUUCAAAUGUGCACCAUAGUUAGUUACUAUCAUUGUCUAUCUGUACCAUUUCUAUAGGGCUUUGCAGUAAAUCAGUGUACAUGUUUUGAACUUGAUAUGUUGACUUCAUUUGAAAUACAUUUUUGUUUCAAUGUGUUGGUGUUGACCCCAAAUUUCUUCUGCUUCUGCCCCCCCAGUUCUGUUUUGCCAGCAGUUAGUAGUCUCAUAUUUUCAAAGAGCAUCAGGUUUAUUUUUCUGAUGAGAGUGCUAUAUUCAGGCCUGAAAUUAUACUUCAGUUCAUUUCCCCAGGGACAUUGUGAGACAGUUUUGUGAAUUUCCUGAGAAUGAUUUAUCAUCUGUGAAUACUUAAAGCCCACUGCUCCUCAUAUUUCCUAACCAAACCCAAAGUGAGUUUAGGAGUAUUUCAGCUUUCUCUGGGAACAACAUAUGCUUUGUGGUGUAUCAUAAAAUGAAAAGGGGAUAUUUAAAAGUUUGGUUUUGCCAUAGUGCCUGGAAGUGCAUGCUAGAAAUGAUUGAAAUUGCUUUGCAUUGUGUCAUACCGAAGAGUGUCAUAGCUUAUUGUUUUGCAAACCAUAUUUCCCAUUGCUUGAUUUUAAUCACUGUCAAUGGUUUUAGAUGUUUUGUUACUCAAAGGAAAUACCAAAGAAGAGACAAAAAAAAAAAAAAUAAUUGAAGAUGCAAAAAAAAAAAAAAAAAAAAAAAAAAGUGAAGAAUGUCAUAAAAGCCACUUUGCAGCAUUCAUUUUAACUUUGUCAGUCAUGAGUUAUGAUAGUUGUGUUUUGAUGCUAGUUUUGCCAAAGAGACCUCCUAUUGAUUAGCAAGGGAUAGUGGAGGGCAUAUUUAUUUACUUAGUAACACUUCAAACCUGCCCCCAUGCUGACACACCCCCAUUUUUCCCAAAAAUAUUUCUUCCCAGUAAGUGUUUGACUGACAUUGGAAAACAUGAAAAUUUUGUGAAAAGAUUUAGAAUUUACUUUUCUCCUUUCAAAUUUUCAGGAAUGUGGCUGACAUCUGGAGGAUCAAUUUUGUAUUACUUCAUAAUAAUUAUUCAUAAUAAUUACUGACAUUUUGAUGAAAAAUCUUUUUUUCCUCAAAUAUGAUAACAAAUUUAUGCUAAUUUUUCUGAAAUUCUUAUUUUAAUACACUUUAAUGUAAGAUAAUGUAGGGCCUUAUUGCUAUAAAUACAUGUAGAGGUAAAAAAAUGAAAACACAGUGUGGUCAAUUUCAUGUAUUUUUGGGGGCCAUAGAUGAGUUAAAAAUUGCAAGAUCAGUACUAAUAUAUAUGACCUAAAUGUAAAUGAGUGAGCCAUUGUUUUAUAUAUGUUAGUGCAUCUAGUUCAAUCUGUUUCCUAAGGACUGUGAAAGGUGUUCACUGUAGUUUAGGGUAAAACUUUGGAGUCGAGGGAAAGAUCAUUUUCCUUGAUGAAAAUUGAAUUAGUUGGUAGUGACAAAACUAAUCAGUGAUCGGUACAGCAUUCUGUGCCACACAGCUUUGGUCCCAUAACAUCUACUUUGUCAGUUUUUCUAAGUCAUUGCAUAAUCUGGUGACUGACAUAAUAUGAUAUGUCUCUGUGUAGAACAGCCCACACAUUACUCAAAGUUCUGUUAAUAGACAGACAUCUUCUGAUUGGACAUGGCACUACUGGAUGUACUGAAAGAAUGAUACAUAAGGGAACUUAUAAGAAACAAUAAGCACAUUUAGAGGUGCUCAAAAAAAAAGCCAUAAAGUUACAUAUAUUGUUAAGUUCAAAAAAAAGGCACUAGAUAGAGCUCUUUAGAGGAUUCCAUGCACAAUCAAAAUCCCUUGGUAAGAUAACUCUUCUGCCAAAAGAGAACUAGUAGUAAUAAUAAUGAUAAUAAUAAUGAGACUUUGAUGAUGUUCUUUUUGGGUCUGAGAGUCUGUGUCACCUCAGUAUAAAAACCUGAUCAAAGAAAAUGGGUGGUGCUUGUGUUCUUUAGAGGGUAAUUCUUUGAAAUAAGACCUUCAUAAUGAGGACUCCCGAAGAGUCCCUUUACUUUGUUCGGAGAACACACACCUUAAUUCCUCUCAAAAAAAGGGAGAAAACAAAAGACUGGAAAAAUUUUUUUUUUUUAUAAAGCACCUUAGGAGGUGCUCUAAAAAAGUCAUAAAGAUACUUACAUUAAGAAUUAAUGUAAAGAAUACAGUUUUUAACAAAGUACACUCUGAAAUUCUUAGUAUCACUCAGGCACUGUGUGUAUCUGAAUACACACGGUGUGUGUACUUUAUGAAGAAUUUGAGUGUGUAAACCAUUAAAAGAUGAUUUUUUCGUUAAUCUAAGUAUCUUAAUGGUUUUCUUGGGCACUUCUUCAUGUGCCUCAGGACACAAAAAAAAAACUUUUUCCAGGUUCUGUGUUUUUACCUUCUUGUGAGGACUCAAGAUGUGUGUUAUACGAACCGACUUAUGAGGACCAUUAAAAAAGUCCUCACUAUGAUGGUCUUUUCUCUUAUUACAACGUAUUUAUGAGGACUUUUUUGUGGGGACUUGAAAAUGUCCCCACAAUUUGAACAGACCCCACUUUGCUGGUGUGUAUUCAUAUGAAUGUCCCCAUAGGUGUGCAAAGGUGCACGCACACACGCACACACGCACACACACACACACACACACACACACACACACACACACACACACACACACACACACACACACAUACGCACCUUUGGCAACUUGUGAGGACUGUGUUUACACACACCGCUUGCGGGGACCCCCCCUUCUGCUGGCAGUAUCAAAAUAAAAACUACGAUGUUUGAUAGCUUGUUUGCCUUACUCUUUAUACACUUGAUUAGAAUUGAGGAAAUUUCAAUUUUUCUUGUGGGGACUUCCUUAUGGGGACCUGUCCAUUACUCAACUUUGCCUACUUGUGGGUACUACUUUUAAUAUAAGACUUGUGAGGACAUACUUACCUAACUUGUGGGGUCUCUGUUUCCACACCCUCUUAUGAGGACCACCUCUCCUUUUGCUGGAGAAGGCGAAGAAGUUUUGCUGAAGGCCUGGUACUUUCCUGCAGCGGAAGAAAACCCUCGUGAUUAAAUACUAAUAAUGAAGGCCCGUUAGCGUAAUCGCCUUUGCAGUCGUUGUUUGGUCUUGCAAUGGGAGAGAGACUGCACUGCGUGGCGAGACUAAACAACGGCUGCGACGGAGACUACCGCAAGGUUGACACCAAUGGAGUUUAGUGUUGCUUAAAACUAUUCAGACACCAGUGACAAUAGACCAGAAAAACACCUGUGUCUAAAUUCAUUUCAGAUAAAUUGAAUGGGUCUUUUUUGCUCUUUAAUGAAAUAAAUUUUUGUCGGAAUCUUUUGAAGUUAAUACUUUUUCUCUUUUUACAAAAAUGAAAACGUCAGUCAAUUAGUGUCCCACCUGAGCUUAUCCAUCCAAAGAAAUAACUUUUGCAUGCAUAGCAUGCCUACAAUGAAGGAUGACUGCGACUUAAGGAAGCCCAACUGAAAAAAUCUCAAAAGUGACCCUUCAAUUUGGGAUAAAAUACUCUUUGCAGGAAAGACCUAAUCUUUAUCUUUCAAAUUCGAAACUCAAACCUGCGGGUAUCUUUCUGUGAAGAAGGCAAGAGACAGUUGAUAUAACUCGAAUCCUGUAAUGUUUACAACAAAAGUCCAACUGUCACGCUUUCAAUAACACCAACUCGACAGUAAUGAUUUUAGGAAAAGGGCACAAAAAUAUUUAUUGUAAAAGCUUUCUGAAUUCGGCUUCUUUGAUUAAGAGAUGGCUUUUCAGUUUGGUGUAUGAAAAACCCAUGAUAUUGGCCAACUGGAGGAAAGGCAAUACUUGACAAAUACAAGUUGAGCACUACAAUGGGUUCCAUUUUGGUAACACACCCUUUUUUUUAACGUCUAAUUUGGGGGCUGAGGUUGAACGUUCUUUUUUAUGCAAUUUGAGUCUGAAAACGUUCUUAAGAUGUUCUGAAAGUUUUAUUAUUACGGACUAAAUUCGACCACAAUAUGAGUUGUUCUUCAGUUUAUCGUACAACAGUAAAAAAAAACCGCAUUCUUAAGUAUUUGAGUUUAUUGUCCUGUUUGACCACAGUUUAACAUUUCUUUUGCCUUUAUUUAUUCUUCUCAUAAAAAAAAAAGAUAAAAAAGAUGAGCAAAAUGAAAAAGUUCUCAACUGACUCUCAGCCUGGGUAUGUUCUAAGAAUGUUUUAAAAAUUUGGGCUAAUCUCAGCCUAAACGUUCCUAUUAAAAAGGUUCUUAUAAAAGAAAAAAAAAAAGGAUCUAGUACUUGGAACUUAAUUAAUAUUGGCUUCCAUCCUACACGUAGCAUAUAUAUAAACCAGACUGGUAAGCCCUCCUCAUAAUCUUGGAACUUCAGGUGGCUUUUCACAAAAAAAAAGGCAAGAGAAGUUUGAAGUUAAUGGAACUGUAACACUUUAAUAUAAUUUUAAGCAGCGAUGUCUAUUUAACUGUCACAGGAGAGUUAUCAACCAAAGCCACUCACUGGUGAGUAGAGCAGAUAUUCUGCAUCCCAUGUUGCAGACAUCUUUUUAGUGAGAUUGGCCAUAAAAUUGUAUGCUAAUGGCUACUAAAAUUUAACUUAAGACGUAGUUUGGUUGCACAACCCUCUGAUGUUGGUUUCACAAUGCUUGAUCAAUAACAGUUCAAUUCAACCGCUGUAGUUAUAAAUUUUUUUGUUAAAAUCAUUAUGCAAAACUCUCUCAUUCGUUUUGCUUACACUCCAGAAAUGAAGCACUCUUAGUUAGUGUAUAUUAAAAUCCACCUCUGGAAUUAUCAAUGAUCAAGUGUAAGAGACUUAAAAACGGUAAAAAUUCUGGAUAUAACCCUGAGCUCAUAAUUAGGAGCUUUUUGUUGUAAAGAAGAUAUUGCCCAAUUAAAAACUAGUUAGGCCUACAAAUGGAUGGCAAAUUGCUUCUAAUAUUUUGCAAAAUACAUAUAACAAUACUGCAUUGUAUAUAUUUAUAACUUAACAAGGCCGGAUCAGUGGUUACAAGCUACAAUGCAAUACUGGCUGAAACUACACCCUUUAACCAAACAGUAAUGAUAUGGAUAAAAAAAAAAUUCUGUUUAGUCAUAUUAAGAAUAUUGGUGGGUAUGUAAGGUCUACAGAGCUUACUAUCAGGAUAUAUAGAUUUGAGAAUUUGGUAGCUUAUAUUGAGGUUGGGUACUUUAAUAUAGGCUUAUAUCCAAAUGUUCAGGGUGUGUUUUUUAUAACAGUAUAACCCAAACAUUUGCAGGAGCCUUAGAUCCUGGCGGAUUAUACAAUUCACUAAAACUGUAAGCGCAGGAGUAUUUAUAAGAAGUCUUGGUAGGGCUCACCUUCGGUAACAGUGAUUACGUGAUGAGAAUCUACAGAAACUUUUUAAAAUGAUUGAUAAAAUAAAGGGAAGCUCUAUUACUUUUGAAGAAAAUUGAGGCAACUGGAACAUACUAUUUGCCUUUGAAUCAGGAGACCCACACAAACUUUGACUAUAAGUAAUAUUUUUAAAUAUUGCGAAAUGCAAAGCAAAACUUCCCUUAACUAUCAUAAUAUUAGCAAUUAUGUCCAACAACAUAGCGAAUAUACUAAUUAUCUCAGUUGUAUUUUGUUGUCCUUGCAGCUCUUGGGGUGAAAUUUUAGCAAGGUAACAGGGUAGUCAUUAAGGGCAGGGGACCAGGGAGUUUCCUUAGUUUCAUAGAGGAUAGAAUAAAAAUAGAACCAAAAAAAAAUAAAACCAAAAAAAAGGAAUCUGCUUAAUUUCCUGCCUUCUUUCUGUAGUUACCCAGAAACUUGAGAUCUUUGUGACAGCCCUGAGAUUGGAAGAGUUUGGCAAAACAGUAGGUUACCCUGCACAGGAUUAGUUAUACUUUGAGAUAACAAAAACAGAACGAUUCUAUUAGUUAUACUUAGGGGCAAGAACCUGCUUUUUCUUGUCAAUCUGAUUUUUCAAAAAGUAUUAAACAGCAUGCCGGUCCUUAAGUUGUUUGUAUUUUAAAAGCAAGUGUUGCACUAAAUGCACCAUUUGCUUUUAAAAUACAAUUCUAAAAGUUUAGUUUUCUUAAUAACGUCAUUGUUUGACAAAGUUAAAUAUGUGAUGCCAAACCCUUUCAAUUGGUUAUAUCUUAAUACUCCAAUCAAGAGCUAAAUAGAGCGCUCUUAGUUUGUGUAAUACUGAAAUCUACCUCCAUAGUUAUCAAUGACUGAAUUUGAGAAAGUCGAAAUAAUGUAAAAAUUCUGGACACAACCCUAAAAUCCUAUUUUUAAGGUAGCUUAUUUUUAAAUUUUGUCCAAUUAUAAAAUUUUGAGUUGGAAUUACAAGUGGAUAACAUAUUGAUUCUAAGACUUUUAAAAGUUUUGAUGUCAAUACUACAGUUUAUAUCAUUUUACACUUGAAAAAGCCAAUUUAAUGGAGGAUUGGUGGCUUACACUUUGGGGGGGGGGUAUUUUGGGAUUGGCCUAUAUCCAAAAAUUUAUGGUAGAAUUUAACAUAUUCUAUUUGUCGUUGAAUCACAGGGUAUCCACGCAAACUAUGACGAUAAGUUUUUUUUUUAAAUAUUGGAGAUGUUUGGAAACAGCAAAAUACCCCUUAAUUAUCAUGAAUUACUGUUUUUUGUUGUCCUUGCAGCUAUUGAGGUUGAAUUUUAGCAAGGUAUUAAGGGUUGUCAUUAAGGGUGGGGAAAGAUCAGUUCACUUAGCCAUUUUUAGCGGCAAGAACCCUCUUUCUCCAAUGUCAAUAUGAUUCUUAACAAAAUAUUUAACAGCAUGCCAGUCCCUACCAUCUAAUGCACCAUUUGCUUUUAAAAUACAGUUCUUACAGUCCAAUUUUCCCGUAAAGCGUCUUUCUCUGACAAAUGAACUAGGGUGCUUAAAAAACUGCCUCCUUCUCUUCUUCUGUACAUAAAACAUGGGCAUCUUACUCUGUAAAGAAAAUCAAAAUAAGCAUAACAAGUAAGCUUUCAGCUAAAACUUACUCCUCUUAUAAUUAUAACAUUUUCUCUACUUACUCUUUGACUUUGACAUUCCCCGGUCCACAUUUUCCAUGUCCAUGUGACUGCUGCGUUUUUUCGGGGGGGGGGGGGAGGUUUAAUUUCUUUGCAAGUAGUCCCCGUAAACUAACUGUGUAUUAGCAUGUCGCCACAAGAAUGGAAAGUAGUCCCCAUAAGUAGUUGUGUUUAGCAUGUCACCAUAAGUACGGCAAGUAGUCCACAUUAGUAGCUAUGUAGAGCUUUUUCCUUUAAAGUGCCUAUGACACGAAAUUUUGAAAUUUUUAUUUUGCAUUUUCUGGUUGAUAGCUGUAUUUAAAAUUAGAGAUCAUUAACCAUAGCGCUUAGCGAGUUCUCCUUGACCAAUUUUUUUGUCCAUUGGAAGUACGAUUUGGCGGCCAAAAAGUGUCGCCACUAAGCGAGCGGCCAAAAUCAUGUUAUAUAGCUGUGACGUAGAAAACUGUGAAGACGCGUAAGCAAUUAUGGUGGAGAAAGGAGAAAUAUAAUAGAGAGGACGAACAUAGUGCGUGGCUGGAGCGCCAAAUGAUGUUCGCUACAAGAAUAAUACACAUAAACCGGGCAAUUAUAUACACGACUUUCCAAAUGAUGUAGCUGUAUGGCCAAAAUGGACGCUUUCGAUCGUCGACAUCGAGGAGAUUCUACUCUUUAAUGUCGUCGGCCUUAUUCUCCGUACCGGCUUCGAAGACGCCUGUUGCGAACACAUACCACAAAUCAGGGUAAGAUAACCGAUGAAUUCAGCUAAAACAAAUGCUGAUUAAGGGCCCUGUUUCCACACUAUACACGAUUGUUCAACAUUCUUUCCGGCUGACAUUUCGCAAAUGAAAAAUGGUGAGCUCCUUUUUGAUGUUUAUUUCACGCGCUUGAGAUGUACUCACACUUUUUGUCUUUCCACAUGACUAUGUUUGCGCUUUUCUUAUCGUAUGAAUAUCAUACCAACUGUAGUUCCAUCGUAUUUUGAUAAAAGAUUUACAUCAAUUGUAAUGAAGUUCAAGCCCUUUCCUGAGCUGACCGAUAUCCUGUUGCGUGAACAGUGUGCAACCUCUGACGGAUAAUGGCAUAAAAACAAGCUUAAAGGGGCCGUGUAUUCUCCUAACCUAGGUUUCCGAAAAUCCAUCUCACGAGCUAUCAAUUCCCCCUACCUUCAAGAAACCAAAAGUAGCAAUAUUAGCAAUUUCAUUGGGAUAACAGCACCGCAACGAUAUAAAUAAAUUUUAAAUUAGAUGGUAACGAUGCCGUAUGAAAUAUUCAUUAAUAAUACUGAUGUCAGUUAUUUCCUUUGUGCGGAAUGGGUCAUAUGGCAAUGCUGUACUUAAACUAAAUAAGGUUUUUUUCUAUUAAAAUGCCUAUAUGAGAUUAACUUGAAUCAAAUGACUAGAAACUCACUCGUUUUCCUUUCGGUUUGACCGGCUCGACGACCGUGACCAUGGCCUCUGCCUUUGCAAUCUAUGGGAGAAGGAGCAACUUGCAGUAGAACUGCUCGAUUACUCCUCGGUGGAAAAUCAUCGUGCCUAGUGAUACAACUGAUUCUUUCUCAAAAGUUAGCUUUUGGUUUACCGAGAGAAUUUCUCUACAGCAACGAAACACUAGAGCACUGACCGAGAGGAACCUAAUAAUAUUGGUCAUGAAACAGAUGUAAAACAGUCGUUGCCGCAUUUAAAAAAUUUGCCUCUGCUUCACGCCCGUGACAAAAAGAAUGACAUGUUUCUUUAUACAUGGAGAUCAUAUUAUUGAUUUCUUUUCACAGCAUGGAUUGGCGCCAUGGCCAUGGGUUCUAAUUUUUUUUUUGGUCUUAUAUCAAGUGCAUUGUGUGAUCGUCUUGGAUGCCGUGUUGUGUCCUUUGCUGGUGCGUCACUAUCCGUCUCAGGGUUGUUCCUAACCUCCUUCAUACAAGAAGCUCAUAAAAUGUAUGUGACCUACGGACUUGUAUGGGGAGUGGGUUCUAGUUUCUCCUAUGUGUCGUCUAUCGUUGUCCUGGGUGAAUACUUUAAUAGAAGGCGGCUUGCCAAUGGGAUUGCAUCAUUGGAGGUGGCGUAGGCUCUCUUGUUACCGGGCCGGUCAUAAAUUACCUACUGGCAUCUGUCGGAUGGAAACACUCACUAACAAUGCUAUUGCAACAGAAACGAACAGAGCUAUCCACAAAACACAAGCGCAGCAAACUAGACAUCCAGUAACGGGAAUUUUUGUUCUAAUCUUGACCUAAACAAUGCAAGCGGGAAACCGCCUUUGUCAGUCUUCGUAUAAAUCUUCGUUUGAUGCAGCGCGGUUCUCCUUCUUAGGGCUGAACCGUACUCGCAACUUUCAUUUCUUCUUUAUAACUUGAGUACGAUGUAUUACAACUCUCGGUAGAGCUUACUUAAGGUAGGUAGACAUCGCUAUCGGUCGUUAUUUCAAAAUUAUUUCAGCGCUGACUUAUACAAAAUUGCAAGAGAUGUGAAAGGUAUUUUGGUGUAGACUGAGAGUUUUCACAGUUUUCUACGUCAUCAGCCGCUAAUUCGUUACCAGUCCACGGAACACUUUUAAGACAAAAGCACUUUAGGGCCCGAAAAAAACCGAGUUUUAAGUCUGGGACUAUUCUUCAAUCGGAAUUGGUUUGUACAUAUGAUAAGCUAAAUAUUUACGCAAAAAAAUUCGUGUCAUAAGCUCUUUAAGAAUGGCAAGUAAUUCCCAUAACUAGUUGUUUUAGAAUGUCCCCAUAAGUAAGGCUGGUAGUCCCCAUAAGUAAUUGUUUUAGCAUGCAUAUCCCCUCAUGCACGGGAAUCUACGAACGCGUGGCCGCCACUUUGAAAAAGUGACCGAUGUACCCUGGGACGAGGUUGGCAGCUAAGCAUGAAACGGUCUAGGAUCACUUCCUAGUGUAGUUCAACUUGGUAAGUGACCGAUCUUUCCUCUCUCUUUUUAACAUAGUUAGCGCCUUAAACGUGUUUGUGAAGAACAAAAAAAAAUGUGUAGUUUAUGGCUCUCAAGAACAAUAUAGACAGAAGAACAAGAGAAAUUAGUUAUGAAAUUGAAACCACCUACAAUCUUGUACUCACCAUUUCAGUCAUUUUCCGCCAGUGUUUUCCUUGUGAACUUUCUUGUUUCACCUUGACCGACUGUAAGAAGAAGCUUGCUCACUUUGGAAAUUUCAACUGCUGAUUCGUGAAGACAGUAGAAGUCUCCAUGCACUUGGAUUUCAUGACCAAGGUGUCUUGCUUAGUCGGUAUACCUCUGUUCCUUUGAGAGAGACUACUUGGGAAAUGGUUGCCAUAUACUUUCUGAGUUUGGUACUGGCUAUCUCUGUAAGGUUUGACAGAGGUGGGCCGCCUUCCAUAGCAAAUUUGACUGUCUAUUUGACCUAGCAACUAUUAAAUGGAUUUUCAUCUGGAAUACCCACGGCUUUCCUUGUCUUGUUGAGGAGGUCGAUGCUGUUUUUCACCUCAGGUGUCAAAAUUACUGUUACAGUCCUGCCCCACUUACUACGAAUCUCAACUAUGUCUGAUCUGUUUUAAAAAAUAUGAUAAUUAAAACAUAAAUUACGUUUACUCAAACAAUAUUUUACAAACUCAAAUUAUAGAAAUUCCCCAAGGUAUUAAAAUAUAAAAAAUGAAACAGAAAUAUUUUCUUUUAAUGGCCCAAAAAAGGCAUUAUUAGCAUCAGAAAAACACGUCAUUAUGCUGAACAUUUUGAAGACUUCAUAAAAUGUUCUCACUGUCUUUGCUGUAAUUGUGAUAUCAUGACAUCAGGAUGUGCAAUGUGUUACCCAGUCAGGGUUGAUGAAAAUACCAAGGAGAAGGGGGCAAGGCUAAAAAGAAUGACUUUCCGGAUUUAAUUUAGAAAUUAGAAAGCUAAAAUAGGUAAAAAAAAAUAAAGAACCAAAAAAAAAGGAAAAACCAAAAAAGUAUCGAUGCAACAGCAUGAGACUCUUUAAUAUUAUAGUACAUUUUUGCAAUCAUAAUAUUAUCAUUCCACAGAUUUAGCCACCAGUUAGAUCUACCCUUCCUGGUUUCAUUGUUGUUGUCAGGCAAUGUUUUUGGUCAGUCAGUUUGAGUGUCUUAAAGAAGCUCAAUUCCAGAAUUUUCUUGACAUUUUCCUUGAUAACUGGAGACUUUGUUGAAGUAAGAGAUGAAAAUACGACUUAAAUAAGAUUUGGAUUAAGAUAGGGCAAGCAUGCUAUGUUAUAAGCAUGUUUAAAAGUAUUAUUAUCAUAAUAAUCAUUAUUACCUGACACAGAAUGAAGGAAUUUUUCAGGUGCAUUGCUCUGUGAUGCAUUAUUCCACCGUUGUAAGAAGAAGGAACUGGAGAUGUAGAUUUCUUUCCCCUUUGAAUUCAAGAGGAAAAAUAGUGAGUUAUGCUCAAAGUCUUGUUUAUGGCAAGACUGGAACAAAUAAAAAAAAGGUUAAUUACCAUAAUUUGAAACUUCUAAGUUAGGAAAGCAUUAUAAAUAUAUAUGCCCCAGAGGGAAAAAAAAGAAGUUGAUGAGAGAUUCCUUGUUCAAAGGCCAAUAAGCAUUAACCCAGGGUCAAAUUUUUAUCCAAGCUUCUUUAUUCCUUCUUUCAAAAGCCUUUUUUGGAUAAUCUUCUCUUUUCUUUUCAUAGCAUCCAAUUUUUAAAUUGGAGACAAAAAGAAUUGUAUUGAAUUUUCAUUUAAAGCUUUCAGAUCUGGAACCAGAUUUCACACUAAGCCUGGAUUAUCUAAACCUACCUUUGAACAACUCAACCAGAAAAAGGAUUCGGAAACCCCCCCUUACAGAAAUUCUUUGCAAUAAGGGAGCAUGAUCAGUUCAGUAUACAAAAGUGUAAGUAAGUGAGAGUAGAACAUGACCUGUCUGUGGAAAUUUGACUGAAGCAGUUAUACAAAAUGGGCAACGUUGGUUGAGCAAGGACAACUACUGUGGAACUGAAUGGCCAGAUUAAGAGAUGAUCAUAUUGUUCAAGAUACGGGCCAGAAAAAAAUCACUCCAAAUUAAAACAAUCCAACCAGUCAAUAAAAUAAAUCUGAGUAGUUUAAGAUUGAUCACUAAUUGUGUUAUUGUACUAGUUAGAUGUUUCUUUCCAGUUUGUAUCUCCCUUACAAUGCCAUUUCGUAAAAUGAUACUCUCUGAUAGACCUGUGUGGCAAGUGGUCGCUUAUUUCAGCAUAACAAGUUCCUUUUCCUUCAAAAUAUGUCAGGUAAUUGCUUUAUAUGUGGCUAUCAAUAUAAAUUUAGUGACUACCUUUAAAUUAAGCCAAAUUGAAAGGCAGAGAUUCUAAUUAUUUGAUUGCUUUGUAAUUCGCUUCAUCGUUUACCCAGCAUUCCCUAUCACACAACCCAAGUUUCCACUCGUGACAUUGCUGCAAGGAGUCUGCAGAUAUUUAGUUAUUCUGAUUCAUGGAGGAAACAUCCUUAGUUGUUAUGAUAUUUAUCUGGAAUUGUUCAUCAACAUCAGCCAUGUUGUUGCUCUCAUUCAUAUUUUGUUCUUUGUUGCGUUGCACCUUACUCUCAACUUUGCUAUCUUUUACUGGCAUCUUACCUUCAUUAACUACAUGGUUAAGAAAAAAAAGGGAAUGUAACAGUUUUUUUUUUGUUUUGUUUUGUGAUAAUCAUUAUUUCUUAGUAGAGCCAAACUUCAUUUAAUAACUUUAACUCUUCUAUUUCAAAACCACCAUCUUUUGACGCAUUAGUUACGGGGAGUUUUGUCUGAGAAUGUCUUUCGAAGCUAUUCAAACCGUUUCUUUUAGUCACUUUGAGGGUCUGAAGAGCGAAAACUGUCCAAAACACCAUUUAUAGAUACUGUUCUUUCAGAUGCAAAUCAUAAGCUUCCGCAGUUUGGUUAUGCACAAAAAGCAGUCUUACACCUUUCGCUUUUACUCCUCCCCUUUUCUUGCACUUUUCUUACACCACUGUUUUACUUUUUUUUAGCCGUGGUAGUAAUAGUUCAUUGUUUUUAUGAUUUUUAAGGCUUUUGUUUGGUUGCAACUUACCUUUGACGUUGGAAGAGAAUGUAUAAUGAUAUUUAUGAAGACAUUUGAAAUGGCAAAAGCCACUUACAAAAAAACUCAGUGGGGAUUUAAUAUUGGAAAACUAUUUCUGUAACAUCAAAAAAAUCUUUCAUUUUCCAAAGAGCCCUAAGAAUUGAUGGGCUCAGAGUGUAAGGGACAUCUGCAGUUUAUAUAAUAGAGGGUGUGUGUAUGUACAUACCAGUUUCCAAGGAGUCUGUAAAUAGACAGUCAUUGAUCUGAUUCAGGGAGUAAAUCUCUUCAGAAUUUGUUGUUACAUCUAUGUGGAAACUUUCAUCAUUGUCAGGACUGCUGUUUCCCUUGUUCAUAUUUUCUUCUUUUUUUGUGUUGCACCUUACUGUCCCAUUCUUUAGUCCAUCUGCCUUGCUCUCAUUACCUAAGUGGUUAAGAAAAAAGAAAUGUGUAGAGUUUUGCUAAUUUGUGUGAAACCAGGAAUGAAUGAUUGGAGCCAUCAUCAUAAUCAUUGUCGUCAUCAUUUGAAGUAUUAUUAAAAAAAAAAUAACUUUUAGAUUGUUUUGACCAAGGACGGUAUGAGUUGUCAUGAUAUCUAGACAGAUUGUAUGGUAUUUGCAAUAUUCAUGUUAAGAGAGAUUAAUAUACGUAAUCAUAACAGGACUGAAACGGUUUGCAUUUGAGUAAAUCUAAUUCUGGAAUUGAGAAUUAAAUGUUAUAUUUUUUUAUCCUAAGGGCUAUGAAUGUUCCCCUAAAAAAAAACAAAACAAAACAAAACAAAAAAAGAAAAAAAAAAAACGAAAUUAUCUUUAGAAGAGAUGGGGCAAACACCCUGAUAGCUCAUGGGGUCCAUUACACUGAAACACAAGCAAAGAAAAGAGUUGCUGCAGUUCUGUUAAGUAUGACACAAGUCUCCCAAAACAAGUUAUUAAUGGUUAGGUUGCAAUACCUUUUUAGCUUUCGCCAGGGAAGAUCUCUAACUUCAUGGUCACAGUGUAGACCUUCACCGUUCCGAAGUCCACAAAGGGCAAGGCACACUUUGUCUUCACCGUUAAUCUUUCUCAUUUGCUUUAUUUAAUGGAUUAUCGUUUUUUAGUCUUCCAAGUCCAGCAGAGAAUGUUGCAUCAAGGCUAGAAAAUCCACAAAAAUCAAAGUUAUAAUUGGAAAAGAGCAGUCUCAAUUUGUUCCUUGUAAAAGUGUAGUGUAAGGUUUGAUGACUUAGUUUCAGUUCUUCCUUCGGUUGUGUGGCGCAGACCAAGCCCAUCUAAAAUUACACAACUACUUUAUUUACAAUGAAACUUAAAUGCAACUCAUGAUAAAGCCAAAAAAGUGCAAAAAGAGUACCAUAUAUGUUGAUGGUAAUUUUAUUUCAUUUGGAGUAAAUGAUGACAAAUCAUGAAGCACAUUACACACAAAAUAGUAUGUAUUUCAGUAUUAGUGAUUAACAAUCUCAUGAAGCCUAUUUGAAUUCAUUCAGGUCGAUUUGUGUACAGUAGUCUUAGGACAGCCUCCCCCACUACCUUAAAAUAUUUUUUGUUUAACUUAGCGCUUACGGUUAGUGACGUUUUACUGUAUUAUAAUUAAAAUAACUUACCGUAAACACUUGAAUCCAUCCUUAAAAAAGAAGAGAAAGCUUCUUAGUUCUUCCACAUGCAAAUCUUCUCUUUGAUAACCUUCAUCCUCUGAGACAAGUUCCCCUUUAUAUUGAAGAGGGAGAUCACCCUUUGAAAACUUCUCUGUUGGAACACACCUCACCCUUAAAACAAAAUUAUACCAAAUCCGUUGAUCAUUUUGCUUCCCUUUUUGUGGCUACUUCCUCCUGUGGGAGGCAAAGCCAUAUAUAUUAUCGAAAUGAGUAAGUAGCUGUAAAUGAGUUAAUCACUCUUAGCCUUAACCCCUUAACUCCCAAGAUCUGAUUGGUAAUUCUCCCUUCUAGCUGCUACACAUAUCCUUGCAAAUCAGUUGUGAGAAUUUGGUGUUAGAUCAGGACAACAACUUCUACCUGAUAAGUUUGAAUAUUCUCAUGAGCUGUUUGCAAGAUAAUAUAAGGACAUUGUCGGGAGAAAUUUCAUGUUGAUCACUUCUGGGAGUUAAAGGGUUAGAGAUAGAACAGUUAGGUUCUCCAGCUAGCCCCUAUAAAGCUGACCCUCUUCGUCCAUUUAACCAUUCUAAUAAUAUUGUUUUUGGUAUUGUUCUCUUUUGUUUUACUCUAUCUGUGUCACAUCAUAUUACCUUUGGCUUCGAUUUUAGUCGAACAGUUUUUCCCCUAUUUUUACACAAUAAGAUGUACGAGGAAGUUUAGCAUAAAAUAGAGUCUGAAAGGGAUUGUAGUCUAAUGAUCUUGGACUAAGAGGAAGAAGGAGUUUUGUUGCAGUUCCAUGUCACCUAUAUGCGGGGUUUUGUUGCAGCUGUAAAUAUGUACAUUGAAUUGCCUUCAGUUGGGGAUCUGAGAAAACAGUCUGACAAAACCGAUGUACCUCCCUCGGUCAUUCUUUGUUGUAAAGGACUGCUACCAAAUAAAUAAACAAACUGAUAAAAAUACAUAACCACAAAAUUUUUAAGAUCAAUAAAUUUACACCAUUUUUUAAGCUGUGGAGUAUUCCGAAGGACGCAUUCUUUUGAUUUCUUAAAUGUGAAAAGUCCGCCCUUUUCCUCCAAAAAUCCCCCAAAAACGGGCUUACGCCAACUUUAAAAUCAUAUAUGGAAAUGUUGCAACAGUUUCAUGAAUCUUUCCAGUAGUGACAAAAUCUCUACUGUGAUCCGCAUGAUUCUGACCUUCCCUUAGCAAAUAGCAGCAGACGUUUCUUUCUCGCGGGCCGGGCAAAAGACAACAAACGCCCUAUUCACGUACAUUUUGUAAAUUUUUCCAAUUAAAAAAAAAAAAAAAAAGCAAACAUUUGUCCAAUGAAUUUACCGUUCCUUUGCUUUUCCUAAAAGAUGGCAAGUUGUUUGAGCCCUUUUUUCACUCGAACACAACAGACAAAUUUUUAAAAUAAACUUCAGUGUUCUACAAAGCUGCACUUCAUCGCAUAAAUUCAUAAUCAUAGUAAAAGGUGAUAAGAUAACGCGGGUAAUUUUAUUUUUAGAUUAUGAGGGGACUCUGUGAAUUACUAUGGCGCUAUAUCCACAAAAAGAUUACCCCAAUUGGCGCCCGUUUUCCAGCAAGGCUUCAUUAACUUAAUUCACAAAUAAAUCACAUCAAAGGAACGUUUUACUUACGCCGUCUUGAGAAAUUUUGCGUCCUUGGGCCGAUUUGUACAGAUCAAUUUUUGGCCCCUCAUUAAUUUCCCGCCAAUUUAUUCCCUGUCAAAUUUCUUGGUCACUUUCCCCCACACAAUUCCAUCGAAAUGCUCUCGCUCUCCUUAGCAAAGUUUUAACCCUUAAAUUUAUAUUUGGUAAACAUUGUGAUCAUCGUAUUUACACUUUUCGCCAAGUGAUCAGUGAUUAAGAACGGGGACCUUCUCAAAUAGAUAAAUCCGUCUUUUCGUCUCAAUUUUACCCAAAUUUCUUACUCGACCAACUAAGUAACUUUCUGUACGGCAAAUUCUGUUAAAUUAAGUUCAUUAUUUAAAAGAAAAGAAUUCGAUAGCUUCAAAUUUAUCCUAUAAUUUCAUCAUGACAAUAACAACAACGAACAACCAGUAACAGCAUGACAAACGAUUUUGUGUACAGACCGUGUGGGAACCUUAGGUCGCUAUCAUCGCAAAAAAUUAUCUUGAGGGCCAUAUUGCAGCACAGAGAAUAUUAGCAACUAAAGACCGCGCAAACAUGUUAUGAACUCAUACUAAAUAAUAUGGCCAUUCCCGCACAAGAAAAAAAAAAAUUUUUUUUUUUUUUUUACAAAUCCCCGAAUUUGAAGUAGAUUUUCAGCUAAAACCAACAUGGUAAAUUAUUUUUAAAAUAAGUUCUGAUAAAUAACGUCCAGGUUUCUCCAUUAAAAGGCUCGAUAUGCAGUUGUACUUCAUCACAUAAAUUAAUCAGCACAGUAAUAGAUUACAGGAUUGCGCGGGAAAUUUUGUUUGCAGAGCACAUGGAGACUCUUACUAUGGCGCUGUAUCUCUACGAAAAAAGUUACCCCUUGUAUUUGAUUAGCACCAGUUUCCAGCAAGAUUUCAUCGCCUAAAUUCAUACGUAAAUCCUAUUAAUGAAACAAUUUAACUUACGCCGUCUUGAGCAAUUUUGUGUUCUUGAGCCACUUUGCACUGUUUUAUUUUUUUUUUUUUGUGUGUUAUUAAUUAUUACCCGCCAAUUUUUAAUGUCGAAUCUGUUGUUGUCUUUCUGCCACACAAUUUCAUGGAACUUUCUUCGCUCCCCUCAGCGAAGUUUUACCUCUCAAGUCCAUGGUUUGGAAACAUCGUCAAGUCUAUUUGGUCAUACUAUUUUCGCAAUUAAUUAAAUAUUUUGCCAUGGAUAUAACCCACCAUGUGGGGACCUCUAAAUGACGAGAAAACACAUCCGUGCAUUUUAAUUAUCAUUUCACCCGAUUUUAUGAGUCGACAUAGCCUCUUCCAAUAGACAUCUUACCAAAAGAAACAAUAAAUUGUUCUCAUUAAGCUUCUGCCCUUUUCUAUCGUUAAACUGCUCACGCCUUAUGUACAGACUCGUCACAAUCAUGCACCAGAUUUUAUGGGGACCUUCGCAAGGAAAAAAGGUGCCCUCUCUUCGCAAUUUAUCUGAAUUUCUAAAUCGACUGAUCGAAACGAGCGACUAGAUUAAAUCCUUUAGACUAAGUUCAAUUUUUCCGUUGAAAAGGCUCGGUACUUUCACUUCAACACAUAAAUUAAUCAUGAUAAUCGCAGCAAUCAGUAACACUGCACGACUGAGAAUUUUGUCUUUGGACAAUGUGAGGACCAUGUUAAAAUUUGGUCCGAUGUCACCCAACAGAACAGAACAGAAAAGUGAAAGGUGAAGAACAUAACGAUGACUUAUAGCUUACCUUUAAAAUAGUUACAUUUUGGCUCCGCUUAUACUCCAGAUGCAACUGAAGUCUCAUGGAACUUGCUAUGCUUAUCAUACUGGCAGUUGGGCUUAUGUUUCAUUAACAGAUCAGUAAAAAAUGCAAAACAUUUGGAUUUAUCGCAACACUUAGAAGUAGAGAUAACGCACGUCACGAAAAAACAUUUUCACUCGGUUCUUUAGACAAAAAUAGUCUUUUCAUCUUUCUUAUCCUUUGACAAAUUUCGAUCACCUUUGGUCCCCUAAAUUGUUCGUUGCCCCAAGACCGGAGCAAUGGGAACUACAAAAAAAAUAAAUUUAUGCCGUCUAAUGUUUCCUAUCUUGAACAGAUUCACUCACCACUCCGUGGGUCCCCUUAAUUAGGGUUUUUGUUUUUCGAUACAUUACACUGAAGUCAAAACGUUAACAACUUGUAUCCCUCUGCUACCCACCAGUAAACGUUUACUCAUUGCACUGACUUAGUAGACAGCAUAAGCAGCCUUUGCCCACCGAGCAUUUUGUUUAUUAUUUCACCCGAUAUAGCCUCUUCCAAUAAAUAUCUGACCCAAAGAAACAUUAAGUUGUUCUCAUUAAGUUUCUGUCCUAUCACCAAACUGCUCAUGCCUCAUGUGCAGACAUUUUGUUAUCAUGUAGUGAAAAAUUAUGGGGACCGUCGCAAGAAAAAAAGAAAGCCGCUUUCUCUUCGCAAUUUUAUCCUAAUUUCUUAGUCAACCGUUCAAUUCGAAACGACCAGCUAAAUAAAUUCCCUCAAACUAGGUUCAAUUCUUCCCGUGGAAAAGACAUGGUGCUUUCAUUUCAUCACAUAAAUUGAUCAUGAUAAUCACAGCAAUCAGUUACACUGCACGACUAAAAUAUUGUCUUCAGACAAUGUGGGGACCAAGUUAAAAUUUGCUCCGUUGUUCACCAAAGAUUAUCCGGUAGGGACAAUGUAGAACAGAAAAAUAAAAGUUAAGAACAUAGCGACUUAUAGCUUACCUUAAAAUAGUUUCUUAUCCAUUGACAAAUUUCGAUCACCUUAGGUCCUCUUAAUUGUUCAUUGCCCCAGGACCGGAGAAAUGGGGACUAUACAAAUAAACAAGUUAAAAGAUCAGUAAAAAAUGAAAAAAAUUUGGAUUUGUCACAAUACUUAAAAGUAGAGAUAACGCACGUCACGAAAAAACAUUUUUCACUCGGUUCUUUAGACAAAAAAAAAUAGUCUUUUCAUCUUUCUUACCCGUGGACGCAUUUCGAUCACCUUUGGUCCCCUUAAUUGCUCAUUGCUCCAGGAUCAGAGAAAUGGGGACUACACAAAAAAUAAAUUUGUGCCGUUUAAUGUUUCUUAUCUUUAACAGGUUCCCCUUAAUUAGGUUUUGUUGUUUCGGUACAUAACACUAACGUCAAAAAGUUAACAGCUUCCAUCCCUCCUGCUUACCGCCAGUAAACGUUGACUCAUUGCACCGACUUAGUUUAUAGGAGAAAAAGCAGCCUUUAACCAUCGUACUUCUGUUACAGAAUUGUGCGGGAAAUUUCGUUUGCAGAGCACGUGUGGACUUAUUAACUAUGGCGCUAUAUUUUCACAAUAACUUUACCCCGUGUAUUUGAUGAGCACCCGCUUCUAGCAAGAUCUUAUCUCCUAAAUUCAUACAUAUAUUCCAUCAACGUAGCAUGUUAACUUACGCCGUCUUGAGCAUUUGUUUUUGGGGCCAGUCUGUACUGUGUUUUAUUUUUUGCGUGUGUAUUUAAUAAUUUACCGCCAAUUUUUAUUUCCUGUUGAAUCCGUUGCUUUUUUUGUGCGUCAGGAUUCCAUCGAAAUGAUAUCGCUCUCCUUAGCAAAGCUCCACCUAACAAGCCCAUUAUUUGGUCAAAAUUUUGAAAAUGACAAUUACAUUUGCGCUAGAAAUUUUACCUAAGUCAUAAUCCACCAUGUGGGGACCCUAAAAAUGACGAGAAAACACAUCCGUGCAUUUUGAUGAUUAUUUCACCCGAUAUAGCCCUUUCAAGAGAUAUCUUACCAAAGGAAAAUACGUUGUUCUCAUUAAGUUUCUCGUCUUUUCUAUCACAAAAAUGCUCAUGCCAUAUGUGCAGACAUAUCGUUAUCUUGCAGUAAAAAUUAUGGGGACCGUCGCAAGCAAAAAAGAAAGCCGCUUUCCCUUUGAAAUUUUACCUGAAUUUCUUAGUUAUUUGUUCAAAACGAGCAACGAGAUUAAUUUCCUUAGACUAAGUUCAAUUUUUCUUUUCAAAAAAUCCUUUGGGGCUUUCAUUUCAUCACAUAAAUUGAUCAUGAUAAUUUGGCUGAUGCGCCAUCAACAGAUCAGUAGGAAAAUGCAAAACAAUCAGGAUUUGCCAAAACACUUAAAAGUAGAGAUAGCGUGCGUCACGAAAAAACAUUGUCAAUCUUUUUUAUCCUUUGAAAGUUUCGAUUACCCUGAGUCCCUUAGUUGUUCAUUGCACCUGGACCGGAGUAACGGGACUAUACAAAUAAAUAAGUUUAUACCCUGUAAUCUUACAUAUCUUUAAAUUUAUUCCAAUUUUCACCAAAGACUAUGCGGCAGGGCAACAAAGAAGCUUACUGACCUAUAGCUUACCUUUAAAGUAAUUACAUUUCGACUACGCUUAUACCCUAGAAGCGCCUGAUUUAACUUAAUUCUCGAGGAACUUGCGAUGUUUAUCACACUAGUAUUGAGCUAAUGGGUCUUGGACAAAUCAAUAAUAAAAUGCAGAAAAAAUCGGAAUCUCCCAAAACACUUAGAGGUGGAGAUAACGCGCGUCACCAAAAACAUUUUUCAUUGUUCUUAUGCAUUGAUAAAUUUUAAUCACCUUAGGUCCCCUUAACUGUUCAUUGCCAUAGGACCGGAGAAGUGGGAACUAUACAAAAGAAUAAGUUUUACCCUUUAAUCUUCCUUAUCUUUAAAAUUCAGUCCGAUGUUCACCAAAGAUUACACGGCAGGGCAAUGCAGAGCAAAGAAGCCACCCUAGAACCUCCUGAUUUAACGGAGGUCUCAAAGAACUUUGCUAUGCUUAUCCUACCAGAAGUUGAGCUUAUACGUCAUUAACAGAUCAGUCAAAAAAAUGCGAAUCAUCUGGAUUUCUCACAACACUUAAAAGUGUAGAUAACGUACGUCAAGAAAAAACAUUUUUCAGUCGGUUCUUUGGGCAAAAAAAUAGUCUUUUCAUCUUUCGUUUCCGUUGAAAAAUUUCGAUCACUUUGGUCCCCUUAAUUGCCCAUUGCCCCAGGACCGGAGAAAUGAGGACCAUACAAAAAAUAAGUUUAUGCCGUUUAAUGUUUCUUAUCUUUAACAGGUACUCUCGCCAUUCCGUUGGUCCCCUUAAUUAGGUUUUGUUUUCUGAUACACUGACGUCAAAAAGUUAACAGCUCACAACCCUUCUGCUACCCGCCAGACAUCGUUGACUCAUUCCACUGACCUAGUUAAUAACAGUAUAAGCAGCCUUUGACCACCGCAGUUUUGUUACUUCCUACAAAGAGUGGUUUAGUGAAAAAAUACAAUUCCUUGCGUACUCAUACCGAGUGACAAAACAAAUUGAUCCCUACAUUUUGAUCACCCAUUCACAAGAAAUAUUCAGACAAAUGUUACGAUUCACAAGCUGAAAUUGGACCUGAAUGAAGUUCUAAGUAGGUUAAAUGACGAAUUCAUCGCCAUGUCGCAGACAAGAAGUAGUCCUUUGGUCGUUCAUUGCUAUCACCUUUGGUCUGCUUAAUUUGUCAAUGCUCCAAGACCGGAGCAAUGAGGUCUAUAAAAGAAAUAAGUCUAUACCCUGUGGUCUUUCUUAUCUUUGGCAGUUAACUUACCGUUUCAAUUAGUUUCUUCUCCAUUGAAUAUAUUUUAAUGGCAGAACAUUAUUGGAUGACCCAGCCACAACGUGAGCACAUUUACCGACAGGACAAACUACUAAGGAAAACAAGACAAAAUAAAUGUGAUUUGUUACUUUGGAAACUAGGAGAACGCGUCAAGCAAAGUGCGGUAUCUCAUCGGGGAGGAUCACAGACUGGGCCAGCUAUAGAGCGGCGGAAAUCAAGCCUAUCUGGCCUUAAGCGAAGUAAUAAUAUGAACGAUGACGGAGCGCAAAAGUCGUCUGCUACUUACGGCGGUUCGAAAAGAUAAAUUAGUACAGCAGCUUAAGAUACAGAACAUAAAUCGGAUGUUGUGUCCCCCCCCCCCCCUUUUUUCACCGGCGUGCUAGACUCCGGUUCUACCUAGUGCCAUAUGGUGAGCUCCCUAAAAACAUGACCGCAUUCUCUCAGGCACCAAUAAAAAUUCAGUUUUUUACCAUUGCGACCGCGUUAAUAAUACCGGCUUGUUAUUAUGUCCAACGACCAACUUUAGAGAUUCUCCCAGAGUUUUCUCAAGCCAUUCCAAGGAUUGGUUCAAGUGCGAAGUUUUUUUCCAUUACACAGAACAAAACCCAUUUGAUAUGAAAGCGUUACCUUUUUCAAAACCAUAGUUUGGUAAACUCCUAUAUACUUAUGUACUUGUCUCCCCAAAGAAUGAUUUAAGAGUGAAUUAAACUUUUUUGUAUCAUUUUCACAUUGCUUGUUGUUCGUCUGAUCUGUCGUGGACCUGUUCAUUCCUUCAGUUAGCAUCUUGCCUGAACCUUGCAUGGUUGCUCGCCUUGACGUCAGUAAUCCAGUGAACAACUAUUUACUGCUUCUUUUGAACGAAAAAAUUCUGGACUCCAGCUCAUCAAUGCUUCUUAUGGUGUCAAACUACUGACAUGCCAAUUGAGGCCACGUCCACUUUAUCACCUUUCUCUGAAGACCAAAAACAAACAAGUACCCUUGGAAGGCCACUAUAUCUAAAGCUCGUUGGAUCCUGUCGUAUAAAUUGCUUAAACUACAAGAGUGCUGAGCAUGCAUAGAAUUUAUACAGAUAUUUUCUUCCCCCAACGUCCAACGAGCUAACUUACCGGGUAGUCCCAGUUGCUUUUUGCGACAGAAAAUGGGUCAAGCGCCUGCUGUAUAGCUCCGGUUGGCAAGGCAUGAUAGUGAUAUAAGAAACAAAUAAUUUAUUUUGAAAGUCCUAGCCCUUCUUCCGUAAAGUAAUACCUUGGGAAAUCAGGCGAUCCUCUGACAUAGUCCACUUAACGCUUAACUUCCGCGUACCUCGAAACAGUCACCCGAGACCUUAUGGCGACGGCGACGUAAAGGGACUCAACGUCGAGGUUGUCAGUUGCCGUCGGCGUUCCUGCCAAAAGUUUACAUUACGAAAAGAUCUUGGAAACCGUGAGUUUCUUAUUCCAGCAAUUGUGAACCUUUGAAAGUUUACUGAGUGUCUUGCCGAUUUCGUCCUUGCUAAUAUCUGCCAUGCCAAAAGUAAGAGACACUAUUCUCAUGGCUUAUGCCCGUAAUUUGAUCGAUGAUACAGAGUACUUGUUUCUAGAUAACGUUAAGUUCUCCCAAAAAUCCUUUUAUUCUAUAUUGGAGCCACGAACGCUUCAAUCUGGACAUGAUGACAGAUAAAGAAUGCAAGAACUUACUGAAGUAUUGAACCCUCCAGGCCUGAUUGUUUGCUAUAACGACGUCAACAUGGACACAACUGAGGCAUUCUACAUAUUUCUCAGGCGCUUUGCCUGCCCGAGCAGGUAAGUGGAAUUGAUACCACGAUUCGCGAUACCUGAGCCUCAACUUUGAAUGAUUUCGCAUACUGUGAUGGAUUCCAUUUGCACUGACUGGAUACAUUUGCUGUUGGAUUGGAUCAGCCGUGGAUAAGUCGCCCACCUUUGUAGACAUUCACAGAAAUUAUCAGCGAGAAAGGAGCGGAUGAUGUACAACGGCCCUAUGAAAGUACAUUCAAUGAAAUUUAAGUCCAUUGCUACACCCAACGGCCUUAUUGCUACCCUCUAUGGCCCGGUGGAGGAUAAAAGGCACAACAGCGUAAUGUUGGCUCGAUCCAAAGUGUUGAACCAGCUUCAGGAGGAGGCACCUUAUGCAUUCAUGGCGAUCCAGCGUAUCUUCUCCGACUUCACUUUCAGAGUCCAUUUCACGGCGUUACUGACAGACCUUCCAAAAGCUUGGAACAAGUCAAUGAGUGAAGUGAGAUUUUUAAUUGAAUGGAUCUUCGGUGAUGUCGUAAAGUAUUUUAAAUUCUUGGACUUCAAGAGGAAUCCAAAGUUAUGCUCAAGCGCUGUGGGAAAAGUGUAUAUUUUAUGUGCUCUUCUUCAUAAUUCUCGGGCAUGUUUAUGUGGUGCAAUUACAUUUAAGUUUUUCCAGUUCUUUCCCACAACUGUCCAUGAGUACUUUCAAAAAUUUCAAGCAUGGUCCAUAAUAAAUCAAUUUUCCGAAUAAUUUUCAAUCAGUCUUCAGUUUACUUUCAAAUAAAUUAAUCUCCUUUAAACGAUCAUUACCAUGUAAAAGCAUUUUAAAAGUACUAAACUUUAAAAUUAUAAACAACUUUUAAAAUUAAAAGAUUAUAUCAAAUGAUCGCAUAACUCAUACAAAUUAUACAAACUGUUGAUAUUCUCUUCAGACAGCUGAUAUUCUCUUCCUGUUGUCUAUCACAUAUACAGAAAUACGCAAGGCAUCUGAACCAGAAAGUCCAAGUUUCAAAUAAAUUUGCGGAACAAUUUUAUUUGUCAGCAAGUUUUUGUAACAAGAACAUAAGCGCCUGGCUUUGCCGCUGCAGCAAAACCAUGUUCAUACGCUCUAGUUGUCGUAGCUGCUGUUGCUGCAUUCUUGCGGUAUUCGGUUGUUCCUCGAAUCUUUCGUCAUGUUUUUUUCCUAGAUUCAACUUGUCCUCUGCCUCUCUUACCUCCUUCUCCAUUUGCAGCUGUUGUUUCUUUAAUGCCGCCUCCUCCAAGUCUUGGCACCAAGACAAGUCAAUGGUUUAAGGCAACUAAAGAAAGCCUUGCCUUUCGAGAUAUAUUUGCACAUAAUAAAAUUCAGCCAUGUAGUUUUUUGUUUUUUCCCUUGAUGCCGUUGAGUACGCAUUUGUGUCUGAGGGUGGCCGUGGAGACCAAUCGGUGCACGAGAGUGUCUGUCGCAUGUGAAUCACAUGAACGGCCAAAGGUGAGCCUAUCCUACCCAGUUCUCAGGAUCUUCGCCCAGGUUUUUGAUGAAUACUUUCAGUUGUUUGUAAAAGGCUUUCUCUGUCCACCCACGGAUCUCUUUCCAGUGUCAGCCUACAACAGAGGAGCUAUUUUCGGAGAAUGGGACUUGUGCAGUUUGUGCAAUUGAACCAUCUGCAUUCAAUUUAAGUUGAACCAAAUGUAUUAUGCAUUUUUUCCGGUUGAAUCAUUUGAGCUAGUUUGACCAUUUAAACUACUUCAACCAAAUAAGAUAGAUUGUGCAAUUUGUGCAGUUUAAAUGUUUUUGUAAGUUUGAAUAUUUAACCAGUUGGACCAAUUAAGCUAGAUUGUGCAGUUUGUGCAGUUGAAGCACUUAAGCUAGUUAGACCUUUUGGACUACUUCAACCAAAAAAGAUAGGUUGUGCAAUUUGUACAGUUUAACUGCCUACGCUAGUUUGACUAUUCACCCAGUCGAGCCUAUUAAGAUAGAUUGUGCAAUUGAACCUUUUAAACUAGUUCUGGAGUUUGUCCAGUUGAACAGUUUAAGCUAGUUUGACCAUUUGAACUACUUCAACAAAUUCAGGUGGCUUGUGCAAUUUUUGAAGUUAAAUGUCCUCGCUAGUUUGACUAUGUAACCAGUUAAAUCAUUUGAGAAAACUUUAACAGUUUCUGCAGUUGAACUGGUUAAGCUAGUUAUGAAUUUUAUACAGUUUAACUGUUUUCGCAAGUUUGACCAUUUAAGCAGUUGGAGUUAAAUUAAAGAAAUUUCGAAAAGAAGUUCGAAAGAACUGCAGACGUUUACCAAACAGAGAGAGAAACACGACAGAAAACUCCGUCACUUGCUCAGUAAGGGGUCUCCUGCUAAUUCAGGCUCAUCUCUGAGAGAUAAAUGAGUCUUGAACCUUUCCUCCAAGGAGUUAUCCGCGCUGGAACGGAGUGGUUUAGAGAAGGGUCUGAAGUUUGCUAUUGCUCCUCGCAAAAUACCGACUGCCGAUAUUGUCGCCGCUGUUGAGGAGAGUAUCUCUCAACUCAACGACGAUCGUAGGUAUUUGGUAAGAGCAGAAGUAAUUAGCAUACUCACACGUGCUAAACCUCCUCCCAAAAACAUUCAAAAGGAUGUUUUCAAUGCACUUAUAGCUCUCAAAAAAAGGAUCCGGACAGGCUCGUAAUUGAGGACAAGGGUAACUGUGUUGUGGUUAUGGACAAACAGCAAUAUCACGACAAAGCUUUGUCUCUGCUUAACGACAAGAGUACGUAUGCUGUCUUUAACUCUGAUCCUACCAGUAAAACUCAAAGAAAGUUAAACAAAAUGUUGCUUGAUUUGAAAAAAGCUGGUAUAAUUAGUGACUCUACGUACAAAAUGUUAUACAGUAGUGACGGCUUAUGUCCACGUUUUCAUGGCUUAUCUAAAAUUCAUAAACCAGAAUUCCUUUGAGACCCAUUGUCUCUUUUGUUAAUUCUCCGACUUAUGCAAUUUCUGGUUAUCUUGCGAGAAUUUUGUCGCCUGUUGUUGGGAAUACUGAUUACUCUGUCAAAAAUCCCUGCGAAUUUGCGGAUUUCAUAAGAGAUAAAACUCUUAACGCUUGUGAAGAAUUAGUAUCUUUAGACGUUGUUUCGCUCUUCACCAAAAUCCCAGUUGAUCUUGCCGUCAAGGUUGCGGAGGAAUGACUCAGAAGAUGCUUCCCUGGGACAAAGAACUUCCUUGCCUGUGGAGGAUAUUAGUCAUCUGCUGUCUUUUGCCUCAAAACCACGCAAUUUACAUAUAACGGCGCCUACUAUCAACAAGUUUUUGGUACAGCGAUGGGUUCGCCCGUCUCUGCUGUCAUCGCUAACAUGGUAAUGGAAGACGUGGAACAAAAGGCCUUAGCCACUUCACCGGUUAAACCCUUUUUUCUGGAAAUGAUAUGUCGAUGAUGUUAUUUCUGCGAUAUCUGGAAAUGAAGCGGAGCGCCUCUUGUCGCAUUUGAAAUCAGUAGAGCCGUCGAUCCCAUUCACCCUUGAGCGUGAAAAGGAUAGACAUUUUCCCUUUCUUGAUUUAAAUGUGUUCAGAGUAAUUUAGAGACAAGUCUUUACUGUAAACCUACCCACACCGACAAAUACCUCGCUUUCGAUUCUCAUCACCCUGUUUGCCAUAAAAAAGUCUGUAGCCAAAACUUUACUUAGGAGGGCUGACUGUCUAUCAUCUUCACUCGAUUCGAAGGCUGAGGAGAGGAAAUAUGUUUCAAUGUCCUAAAGGCAAAUGGCCAUACAAAAACUUUUCCCCGUAACUGCCAAAAAUCAGUUACAAAUAGUAACGCUCUUGAUGCAAGGGAACCAGCGACUGGUUUUGCUUUUAUUCCUUAUAUACAGGGUGUUACGGAACCCAUCAAGAGAAUUUUGAAUAGCCACAACGUUAAAAUUGCUCAAAAACCUUUUCAGACUUUGGGGCAUAUUUUCGCCAAACCUAAGGAUCCUGUCACGAAAGAACAACGAACCGACGCCAUUUAUUCUAUUCCUUGCAAUGAUUGUGUCAACGAAUACAUCGGACAGACCAAACGUCAGUUUGGUACACGAUUAAAAGAGCACCAAAAAGCGGUUUUCCUUUGCAAAAAGGAAAAUUCAGCUUUAUCGGAGCAUACAUGCCUAACUAACCAUACAAUUGGGUGGGAUAAUUCUAAAAUUAUCACUACUAAUCGGCGUUACCACCAGCGCCUUUGUUUGGAGGCUUGGCAUAUUAACUCCGCUCACGCUCCUUAA